CUGAAUAGAGGCGAAUUAAUGACAAAAUCUAAUGAGUGAAGUGAUUAGUGUGUCGAUCAAAAAUGUCUCAAGCGCCGUCUGUCUAAAUGGACAGGGUAAAUUACGUCAAACAGGAUUUUAAAAAAGCAUUGUAAUCUCCGGUGCCUAAGGAGUAGCUCACAAAUGCUCACAAAUGACUGAUUCCCUCGCAAAGGUACACAUGUUCUAAUCUGGCACCAAGGAACCGACAACAAGGUCACCAUGAAGGGCCCCACCUCCAGGUGGGCUUUCUCUCUGGGCUUCUUGGUGGGCACCUGUGGUAUAUACUUCUUCCUGCGCCAGGUUUGGUUUGAGAGGAGCUACCCAGUGCUUUCAGAGGCCCAGGAGAACACUUUAGCAGUGAAGGAGGGACCUACUAGUGACGGCACUAACUGGAAGAAGGAAGGCAACACUCUUAUUAAUCUAGUCCAUCCUCAUGCAGGUGAGGACAGCCGAGAGGCAGAUGAGCUAUACCAGAAGGUACGUAUUCUCUGUUGGGUGAUGACCGGGCCAUAUAACCUUCAGAGCAAAGCCCAGCAUGUCAAGGCCACUUGGAGUCGACACUGCAACAUCGUUGAAUUCAUGAGCUCUGUGGAAGACCCAGACUUCCCCACUGUGGGCUUGGGCACCAAGGAAGGUCGUGACCAGCUGUACUGGAAGACCAUCCGGGCCUUCCACUAUGUCUACGAGCACCACGCCCAUGAAGCAGACUGGUUCUUAAAGGCGGACGAUGACACCUUUGUGGUGGUGGACAACCUACGCUGGCUUCUAUCCAACCACACACCCGAGGAGCCCGUCUACUUCGGCAAGCGCUUCAAGCCUUAUACCAAGCAGGGUUACAUGAGUGGAGGGGCUGGUUAUGUGCUUAGUAGGGAAGCCCUCAGGAGAUUUGUCGAGGGUUUUCGGACCAAGGUGUGCAGCCACACCACCCCCGUAGAGGACCUAGCGCUUGGGCAGUGUCUGGAGAAGAUGGGUGUUUUGGCAGGGGACUCCAGAGAUACUUUACAGCGGGAAACUUUUCAUCCGUUUGUGCCAGAGCACCACCUAACUGUCAGGUUCUCCAAGAGCUUCUGGUACUGGAACUAUUGUUACUACCCCAUUGUUGAGGGUCCACAGUGCUGCUCUGACCUGGCAAUAUCCUUCCACUAUGUGGAAGCAGAGCUGAUGUACACACUGGAGUAUUAUACUUACCACCUGCGAGCCUAUGGCUACAGACACCGCUACCGCCCUCCUCAAGUCCAGGGACCGGGCCUUGGUCCGUUCCCACAGACAGAGAAACCAACAGGGAAUAAUCAUGUUGCGGAGGGUAUGGACGAAGGAAGCCACAUAAUCCCAGCCAGUGCUGUCACUGGGAACCUGUCCAAAAUGGAGACUUCCUCAGGCAAAAGGGAAAAUGACAGUCUAAACUUGUUCUCUUCCUAUAAUAGAACUUCAGAUAGGCAAGAUAGACAGACUAACUAG